GAUGAUUGUGUACGGAAUUUGUUUAGUGCGAAUUCCCCAUUAAAUUAUUAAAUAAUAGUUUAUUCAACAACAUAUUGACAAACUGGAGUAUUUUUAUUUUACUUUAUACUUCUACCGUAUCUCAGCGGGAACUACUGUACUUUUUACUCCACCACAUUUGUGUGACGCUCAUAUUCUCAAGGCCUUCUUUUGUACAGAUACAAACAUGGCGUGACGAAGUACUUUGCUACUAUUCUACCCCGUAGAGAGUAUCCUUCCUGCAAACAAACCCUCCAAAGAGUGAGUGGUUGCAGGGUUUUCAAUCGGAAGGAAUACAGGAACUUUGAGUCAGAGCGGCCACAAAACUCUGUGGUGGGAGAAAAUGUUCGAUAGAGUCUUCUUCCAGUGUAACACACUCAACAGCCCCUCAAACUACAGCCUCCCAAGUGUCAUGGAGUUAACUCUACAAAAGCCUCAGAGAAGCAACAAUAAGCACCGCUGUCAUUGUUUAGUGAGUUGGAGCUGCAGAUCAUUCACUUGAAGAAUUUAUACAACUUAUUAUUUAUAUAAUAAGGAGGUUUUUUAAAUUAUUUUAUGUUCUUAGACGUUAUUUAUAUUUUAUAUGGCAGAAACAGUUAUUCUGUGUGUGCUUUAAUGUCUUCCAAAUAAACCUGCAAUUGCAUGGUUAUGAAAAAUGAAAGAAAUAAAUGGAACACAGACUCACGAUGAUAUUGUUUUUAUUUAAUCACAUGUGGUGCCGUAUUAAAGUACUUUAUCUUUGUACGUAAAAACUCAGUUUCUUUGUUAAUGUUUCUAGGAAAAGUGAAUGCUGAAUGAGGUUUAUUUAGGGAUUUACAUUGUAAGAUCAGCAACAUGGGGAAAGUCACAUGGGUUGGAGAAAGUCUGGUUUUGUGGCAGCAAGUGAGCACCUGCAGUAAACCGUGUUUGACUUAAUCAUAAUCAUGUAUCGGUUAUUCCUCUGACCCCAGAGAAAUCUCGUGUAUGCAUAGCGGUCAUACUGAAAACCUCUGAGGUGACCCAUGAGUCACCCACCCACACACACACACAGUGAUACUGGCAGUGUGGAAAUACUGUCUGUCAUUUACCACAACCUAGGGGUAUCAGAGUAAUUACAAACCUUAACUCAGAAUUAUAAAAUAUGGGAUUUUGAUAACCAUAAUAAUCAUCAUCUGCCGCUCAGCCUGGUUAUUCUAAAUCUCCCAAAUAUCUCUUCCCAGAGACCACCAUGGCCAUCUCGGUCCAGUGUCCCACCAAGAGGUACAUCGUCAUCCUCUUCCAGCCCGUCACGCUCACCUGCAACUACCAGACGACCGCCCCUCAGCCUCCCGUUGUCACGUGGAGGUACAAAUCAUAUUGCCGCGACCCCAUCCAGGCUGCGUUCAAUCCCAGCAGUGCAGAGAACAUCCUGUCUCAGAACAACCCCAACUACGACGCCAACAUCGAGUGUGCCGACAGCCAGAGGACGGUGCGCACAGUGGCCUCCAAGCAAGGCAAUGCUGUUACCCUCGGUGCGGAUUACCAGGGUCGCAAGAUCAGCAUCCUAAACAAUGCAGACCUGAAUAUCGCACAGACGGCAUGGGGCGACAGCGGCGUAUACGUCUGUUCUGUGAUCUCUGCCCAGGACCUUUCGGGAAACAGUGAAGACUUCACGGAGCUAAUUGUCCUCGAGAGAAAGUCAAAUACUACUGACCUCCUGCCUGGCAUUGACUUACUGGUUAUGGAAGGUAGUACAAGCCCCUUGAUGUAGCUCAGUCAUGUUUUAGUGUCACAGAAGAGGUGUAGGGUUCAGGUUAGCUGUAGAGAGGAUUGGAAAACAUUUCUUAGAAAAACACCCCGGCUGAAAUGCUUCCUGAUUUCUGGCACUGAUCAUCAAUACCCAAUAACU